UCCUGACAUAGAUGACACCCUAGGACCGAAGAGCAAGCGCCAUGUUGAAGCCAUCAUUGCCACUCACAUCUCUCUUAUUCCUGCAGCUGUCUCUGCUGGGAGUGGGGCUGAGCCCCAUGGUCCUCACGCCCGGUGGGAAUGAAGACACCACAGGUGGUGGGAGACCUUGGACUCGAGGGGGCUGAUUUCUCCCUGACCUCUAUGCCCCCUGGGUCCCUCAGUGUUUCCACUCUGCCCCUCCCAGAGGUUCAGUGUUUUGUGUUCAAUGCCGAGUACAUGAACUGCACUUGGAACAGCAGCUCUGAGCCCCAGCCGACCAACCUGACUCUGCGCUAUUGGUACAAGAACUCUGCUGAUAAGGUCCAGGAGUGUGGCCACUAUCUAUUCUCUGAAAAGAUCACUUCUGGCUGUUGGUUGCAAAAAGAAGAGAUCCAUCUCUACCAAACAUUUGUUGUCCAGCUCCAGUAUCCACGGGAACCCAGGAGGCAGGCCAAACAGAUGCUAAAACUGCAAGAUCUGGUGAUUCCCUGGGCUCCAGAAAAUCUAACACUUCGUGACCUGAGUGAAUCCCAGCUAGAACUGAGUUGGAGCAACAGAUACUCAAGCCAUUGUUUGGAGCACCUGGUGCAGUACCGGAGUGACCGGGAUCGCAGCUGGACUGAACAGUUAGUGAAUUCCAGAUCUAGCUUCACUUUGCCUAGCGUGGAUGUGCAGAAACGCUACACGUUCCGUGUUCAGAGCCGCCACAACCCAUAUUGUGGAAGUUGUCUGCAUUGGAGUGAAUGGAGCCACCCAAUCCACUGGGGGAGCAAUGCUUCAAAGGAGAAUCCGUCGUCAUUUGCAUUAGAAGCUGUACUUAUCCCCCUUGGCUCCAUGGGGUUUAUUAUUAGCCUCAUCCUUGUGUACUGCUGGCUGGAAUGGACGAUGCCCCGGAUUCCCACCCUCAAGAACCUAGAGGAUCUGGUUACUGAAUACCAGGGGAACUUUUCGGCCUGGAGUGGUGUGUCUAAGGGAUUGACGGAAAGUCUGCAGCCAGACUACAGCGAACGGCUCUGUCACGUCAGUGAGAUUCCCUCAAAAGGAGGGACCCUAGGGGAGGGGCCUGGGGGCUCUCCCUGCACCCAGCAUAGCCCCUACUGGGCCCCCCCAUGUUACACUCUGAAGCCUGAAACCUGAGCUCCAAUCCCCUGACAGAACCCCAGGAUCCUGUAGCUUCAAGUGGAUCCCCUCAUCAAACUAGUCUGAGUCUGAUGCUCACCUCGCCCUCCUGUGGCUGAUUUAGAAUUUUGUACCCCUUUGUUCAGUAUCCCCUACUUGAGAUUUGCCCCUUUGCUCUAUAUGUGUUGCUUUUUUUAUUCUCCCCAAUCCAGCCCUCCCUUUCUCCCUCACCCCUCCCUUCCUCUUCUAUUUGCUCUUUAAUUGUUUCUGAAUUAAUGAGAAAUAAAGUUUCUAUUGAUAAUCAUCAA